AUGCUGGGUGGACGUGUUUCACCCCAGUGGAAGGCUGCUGUGGUCUUGCUCUAUAUCAUGAUUUUUGCAUCUGCUGAGAGACCUGUCUUUACUAAUCAGUUUUUGGUUGAGUUGCACACGGGGGGAGAGGAAGAAGCCCGUCAAGUUGCUGCAGAACACGGCUUUAGUGGUGUCAGAAAGCUCCCCUUCACAGGAGGCUUGUACCACUUUUACCACAAUGGCCUUGCCAAGACCAAGAAAAGGCGUAGUCUGCCCCAUAAGCAGCAGUUGGAAACGGACCCCAGGGUAAAGAUGGUUUUGCAGCAGGAAGGAUUUGGCAGAAAAAAGCGUGGGUAUAGAGACAUUAAUGAGAUUGACAUCAACAUGAACGAUCCCCUGUUUACAAAGCAGUGGUACCUGAUCAACACUGGACAAGCCGAUGGAACUCCAGGACUUGAUUUGAAUGUGGCUGAAGCUUGGGAGCUGGGGUACACAGGAAAAGGAGUUACCAUAGGAAUCAUGGAUGAUGGGAUUGACUAUCUCCAUCCAGAUCUUGCUGCAAACUACAAUGCGGAAGCGAGCUAUGACUUCAGCAGCAAUGACCCUUAUCCUUACCCUCGCUACACAGAUGACUGGUUUAACAGUCACGGAACCCGUUGUGCAGGGGAAGUAUCAGCAGCAGCCAAUAAUAACAUCUGCGGGGUUGGAGUGGCUUACAAUUCCAAGGUUGCAGGAAUACGCAUGUUGGAUCAACCAUUUAUGACGGAUAUCAUUGAAGCUUCCUCCAUCAGUCACAUGCCUCAAGUGAUAGACAUAUACAGUGCCAGUUGGGGUCCAACGGAUAAUGGGAAGACUGUGGAUGGACCCAGAGAACUCACCCUACAGGCAAUGGCAGAUGGUGUAAACAAGGGCCGCGGGGGUAAAGGCAGCAUCUAUGUGUGGGCUUCUGGGGAUGGAGGCAGCUACGACGACUGCAACUGUGAUGGGUACGCCUCAAGCAUGUGGACCAUCUCCAUUAACUCGGCCAUCAAUGAUGGCCGGACUGCUCUGUAUGAUGAAAGCUGCUCUUCCACCUUAGCAUCUACAUUUAGCAAUGGAAGGAAAAGGAACCCUGAAGCUGGUGUGGCGACCACGGAUUUAUAUGGCAACUGUACCUUGCGUCAUUCGGGAACAUCUGCUGCUGCCCCUGAGGCUGCUGGAGUGUUUGCCUUGGCGCUGGAGGCUAACCGGGAACUGACGUGGAGGGACAUGCAGCAUCUGACUGUACUCACAUCCAAAAGGAAUCAGCUUCACGAUGAGGUCCAUCAGUGGCGGAGGAAUGGAGUUGGUCUGGAGUUUAAUCAUUUGUUUGGCUAUGGGGUCCUCGAUGCAGGAGCAAUGGUGAAAAUGGCUAAAGACUGGAAGACGGUCCCUGAGAGAUUCCACUGUGUCGGAGGUUCAGUACAAGAGCCUGAGAAAAUACCAUCUAACAACAAAUUGGUUCUAACACUCACAACUGAUGCUUGUGAGGGAAAGGAAAACUUUGUCCGCUACCUCGAACACGUCCAAGCUGUGAUCACAGUGAAUGCAACGAGGAGAGGAGACUUGAACAUCAACAUGACCUCCCCCAUGGGUACCAAAUCCAUUUUACUGAGCCGACGCCCAAGAGAUGAUGACUCUAAGGUGGGUUUUGACAAAUGGCCUUUCAUGACCACUCACACUUGGGGGGAAGACGCCAGAGGGACAUGGAUUCUGGAAAUUGGGUUUGUUGGGAGUGCACCACAGAGGGGAGUGCUGAAGGAAUGGACACUGAUGCUGCAUGGAACACAAAGUGCCCCCUACAUAGACCAAGUAGUGAAAGAUUACCAGUCCAAGCUGGCGAUGUCCAAGAAGGAAGAACUAGAAGAAGAAUUAGAUGAAGCUGUGGAGAGAAGUCUUAAGAGCAUUCUGAGGAAAAACUAAUGCUGCAUGUCUGUUUUUGCCUUCAUUCCCUCCUUUCCCACAACUCUGAGCAUCUUUCUACUCUCACUUAAUCCUUCUGUUAUACCCGUAGCAAUUAUUGUCACUACCCAAAAAACAAUCACAUUUCCUUGAUUUUAUUUCCUACGUUCUGUCAAUGAUUAUUUUCCUUACAAUGGAAGCAUUCUU